AUGACUUCGGGAAGAAAAAGCUUGCCUUCUUCAUCAAAAUCAUCAGGAAAUAAUUCUCUAAAGAGAAAAUCCAAAUCACUUUCCAAUAGUACAAUUCCAGAUAGUAAAAAACAAAAAACCGUGGUUGAAUUUUUCAAACCACUUAAAAGUAAAGAAAAUUCCACUUCAUCCUCUCCGAGCCAGGAGCAAGAACAGAAUCCCGAUGAUACUCAGAGCCAAAUAGAAGUGUCACCUUCAUCAAUAAUAGAAACACCUACUUCAUCCCUUCCUUUGCAUCCAUUUUUUCAAAAGAAGAAAAAGAAGGCAACAAUUGACUGUAACGCAAUUGUACCUGUUGUAGAGGUGCCAAAGUUCGAUGCCGAUCAACUUGGUGUUAUUGAAAAUGAUUCUGCCAAAUAUCUUGUUGUACAGGCACCACCAGGUGGUGGUAAAACACUUGUGUUGACAUUUAGGGCCAAGAAGAUUAUUGAAACUAAUCCUAAUGCUUGUCUUUUGCUUGUAACAUUUUCUAGAGAUGCAACUAGGGAAAUUCAAGAAAGAUUACAAAAAUAUGGAGUGGAAAAGAGAUAUGAUGUAAAAACUAUCCAUGCGUUUGCCUUGUCAAUUUGCAGAAAAUACGGAGCUAAAGGAAAAACAUAUAUUUCAACAAAAGAAUCGAUUAUUAAGGAGAUGAAAGAGCAAUUAGAAAAGAAAAAUGUUACACUUACAGAGACUGUUGAGAAAUAUGUUGAUUGGGCACAAGAUGAAUACGCAAGAGAAGUCUCUGCUAAUGAGUUUGCAACUUCAGAUUACAAAGCUGCCUUGACUAUAUAUGAAGAAAUAGCCAAGAGCAUGCUUACUUUAUCUUCACUUAUGAGAGAAGCUUGCUAUAUAUUAACGAGUAAUCAUCAAGGUUCAAGAGAUUUUUAUCAACAACAUUACUCAGAUGUUUUAAUUGAUGAGUUUCAAGAUACAUCCACAGUUCAGUAUAAAUUUAUGAAAAUGAUUAUUGGAGAGAAAACGAGAUUUUCAGUAUUUGGAGAUCCACAUCAAGCAAUCUAUUCAUUCUUAGGCGCUCAAGAAAAGAUAUUUGACAAAAUUAUGGAAGAUUUCCCAUCUGCAACAAUAUUAAAGCUCAGAAGAAACUAUAGAAGCAUGAAGUCAAUUGUGUUAGCAUCUAAUCGAUUUAUGAAAACAUCAACAGAAAAUUCAAUAGAAACCGAUUCCCAAGAUGCUAUCACUUUAAACAAUUUUAGUACUCGUGAUGGAGAAUUUCAAUAUAUUGCAAAUCAAAUUCAAAUAUUGAAUAAUAAGGGAGUAUCUUAUAAUGAUAUUGCCAUACUAAUGAGAAGAAGUACUAAUACCAGCGAAUUGGAAAGUAUACUCAAGAACAAAAAGAUUCCAAUCUCAAAGAAUGCCAAGGAUGAUACCCGAGUAAUGUUGAAUCUGAUGAAGUUGAUAUGUGAUGGUGUGGAAAUCAAGGAUGAAAAAUUUACAAAAUCAAUGAAAUGGAUUAUUAAGCAUUUCAUCUAUUUUAAAGGGAUUGGAGAGAAAUCAUUUGAAAAAUAUUUACAAUAUUUAAAGGAUCAGGAAACUCCUAGUACGAAAGUACCUACAAAAGGAAAAGCACCUAAGAAAGACAAAUUAGAGAAAUUCAUCCGUUUCUUUACAGUCAUUAACGAAUUGGCAGCAGGUUUAGCAAACACAACUUUUUUAAAACUUGCUGAAACAAUUCAAAAGAAAUUCAAUUGGGACGAUCCUCUAAUAAUUGAUGGAUUGGGCUUAAAUGAUGAAUUAGUUACUUCUGAUCUGAUUGAUUCUCUUAUUUCAUUUAAUGAUGAAACAUAUAAUAACUCAUCAGAUGGAAAGGGAAUUCACAUAUGCACUGUCCACAGAGCAAAAGGGAGAGAAUGGAAACAUGUUUUUGUACCAGAAGUGCAAGAUGGUGUCAUGCCACUUAUCAAGAAAUCAGAUCCAAUACAACUGAAAAAGCAACAAAUUGUCCAUGAAGGAGAAGAGGAUAGAAUAUUCUAUGUUGCAAUUACAAGGGCUAAAGAAUGGCUCUAUUUAACUAAUAACAGUAGUAGUAACUCUUCAACAUUUAUAGAAAGGUUGAAACCACAUGAAACAAAACAAUAA